UGCUUUAUCCUCGGCUCCAGGAUCACCGCUCACUAUAUAAGAGUUAGAGCUCACUGCCCGAGCAAUUGAUAUUACUGUAGAAGCAGAGUAGAGUAAGAUGACAGAUCAAAAGCAGAGAGUUGUAGUUCCAAGAGUGAAACUUGGUAACCAUGGAUUUGAGGUCUCAAAGUUAGGGCUUGGAUGUAUGGUGCUUAGUGGUGUUUACAAUGCCCCUCUUCCUGAAGAGGCUGGCAUUUCAAUCAUUAAGGAAGCUUUCGAAAGAGGAAUUACAUUUUUCGACACAGCUGAUGUUUAUGGACCUCACACUAAUGAAGUCUUGGUUGGGAAGGCAUUGAAACAACUGCCAAGAGAAAAGCUUCAGCUGGCUACAAAAUUCGGUAUUGUCCUCCAGAAUACUGAUUAUAGAGGUGCUUCAAUUAAAGGCAACCCUGAAUACGUUCGUGCAUGCUGUGAGGCUAGCCUUAAGCGUCUUGACGUGCAAUAUAUUGAUCUCUACUAUCAGCAUCGUAUUGACACUUCAGUACCAAUAGAGGAAACUAUGGGAGAGCUUAGGAAGUUAGUGGAAGAAGGAAAAAUUAAAUACAUUGGAUUAUCUGAAGCAAGUCCAGACACUAUAAAGAGAGCACAUGCAGUCCAUCCGAUUACUGCAGUGCAAAUGGAAUGGGCACUUUGGACUCGUGACAUUGAAGAAGAAAUAAUCCCUCUCUGCAGGGAACUUGGAAUUGCAGUCGUUGCAUAUAGUCCUCUAGGUCGGGGAUUUUUUGGUGGCAAAGCAGUUGUGGAAAGUUUGCCUUCAGAGACCUCACUGAAAAAUCAUCCUAGAUUCACAGAAGAAAAUAUUGAAAAGAAUAAGGUGUUUUAUACUAGAACUGAAAAACUGGCGGAAAAAUAUGGAUGUACUUCAGCUCAGCUUGCACUUGCAUGGGUCCUCAAUCAAGGAGAUGAUGCGGUUCCUAUCCCUGGGACAACUAAGAUUAAACAUCUGGUUGAUAAUAUUGAAGCAUUGAGAAUCAAGCUGACAAAAGAUGAAUUGAAGGAGAUCUCUGAUGCAGUCCCUGUCGAUGAAGUAGCUGGAGAUCGAUCUUUUAAUUUCAAGCAGACCUUUAAAUUUGCUGAUACACCACUGCCUAAAACUGCUUGAGCUGCAACCUCAUAAGUCAUAAGUAUGUGGAAGCAAAGUUAAUGCAACUGCAGUUCACAUGUAAACUGCUUCGAAUAGCAGACUCUAUUGUUGCUGGGUUUGUUAGUAGUUGUUUUCUUUUAGUCUUAUUAAAUGAAUGUCCUGUAUUUACUUCCCAAUGUACCAGAAAAGAAAAAGCUGAAUUCAGGGAUACUAUUCCUCUUAAGCAGAUAUAUAAUAUUUUGAAUAAUGCAGCUUUCACCGAUAA